UUCGGUCCUCUUUAUUUGUCUCUCAUCCCAGGCCCAGCUCGUCGCCGUUUCCCCUUAUACGUCGACCAAUAACGCCGUACUAAUUCUCCGUUAAAUACCAUCUCCGGUUCCAGAAAUCCCCAAAGCAGAUGGUGGAUAAAUCUUCUCUUCGACGGUCUCCCACUUUCCCCUUCCAUUAAAGCUGCCGCUCGAUUUCUUUUUCUAAACUGCUCUCUACCAGUCUUUCACCGGACACGUUCCCAUCAAGCAAGCAUGCCUACUGUGAGUGUGAAAUGGCAAAAGGAAACUUUUCCAGCGGUUGAAAUAGACACCAGUCAGCCUCCUUAUGUUUUUAAGUGUCAGUUGUAUGACUUAACUGGUGUACCUCCUGAAAGGCAAAAGAUCAUGGUGAAAGGUGGUCUCCUAAAGGAUGAUGCAGACUGGGCUACUCUAGGAGUAAAGCAGGGACAAAGGCUGAUGAUGAUGGGUACAGCUGAUGAAGCUGUGAAAGUUCCAGAAAAAGGUCCUGUGUUUAUGGAAGAUCUUCCAGAAGAAGAACAAGUGGUUACUGUGGGCCAGAGUGCCGGCCUCUUUAAUCUGGGAAACACCUGCUACAUGAACUCUACUCUGCAAUGCCUCCAUUCUGUUCCUGAGUUGAAGGCAGCAUUACAGAACUACACAAACUCCGGAAGAAGUAAUGAUUUGGAUCAGUUUUCACAUCUUUUAACGGUUGCAGCACGUGAUCUUUUUAGUGAACUUGAUAGAACUGUCAGACCAGUUGCUCCAUUGCAGUUUUUGUCGGUCUUACGGAAGAAGUAUCCGCAAUUUGCACAGCAGCACAAUGGUGCCUAUAUGCAACAGGAUGCUGAAGAAUGUUGGACCCAGUUGAUUUAUACACUAUCACAAUCUCUGAAAUCAUCAAAUUCAAGUGAAAUAUCUGCUGUUGUGAAGACUCUUUUUGGGAUUGAUCUAGUUAGCAGGAUCCGUUGUAUUGAAAGCGGGGAAGAAAGUUCCGAAACAGAAUCUGUGUAUGGACUGAAAUGCCACAUCUCACAGGAAGUCAAUCACUUGCAUGAGGGGCUCAAGCGUGGCCUAAAAUCAGAAUUAGAGAAGGCUUCCCCUGUGCUUGGACGCGGUGCCAUUUUUACAAAAGAAUCAUGUAUCAGUAAUUUGCCGAGGUAUUUGACUGUUCAGUUUGUUCGUUUUUUUUGGAAAAGGGAAACAAAUCAGAAGGCAAAGAUAUUGCGGAAAGUAGAUUAUCCAUUAGAAUUGGAUGUGUAUGACCUGUGUUCCGAGGAGCUUCGUUCAACGCUGCAAACUCCACGCCAGAUUCUAAGAGAAGCAGAAAAUGCAAAGCUCGGACUGAAAGUGCACAACAAAAACUCUCAAGAAAAUGAUGUCAGUACACCCAAUCCUGAGGUUGCAUUUGGCAAUUCUGUGGAAUCGUCAGCCGCCACUUCAAAUGAAGGAGCUUUAUCUGAGAAGAAAACACAGCUUACUGGUAUUUAUGAUCUUGUUGCUGUAUUGACACACAAGGGAAGAAGUGCUGACUCUGGUCAUUAUGUCGCUUGGGUGAAGCAGGAGAAUGGUAGUUGGGUUCAAUAUGAUGAUGACAAUCCUAUUUUUCAAAGGGAAGAUGAUAUACCGAAGUUAUCUGGAGGAGGCGAUUGGCACAUGGCAUACAUCUGCAUGUUCAAAGCCAGAGUUAUCUGAGAACGAUCCAGAUUUUUUUUUUUUAUUUUACAAUUUAUUUUGAACCUGUUGAGAGAAUAAUAUGAUACUUAAAUGAAGAAUUCAUUCAUUAUGCUGUAUUGAGGGCAUAGUGCGGUACUAUAGCUAAAAUUAGAAUCAGACUUAUAUAAACCUAUACUGCGUUUUUAUUUUAUUUUCUAAUCAAUGCAGGCUCUGUUUGCACUGUCGCUUUGAGCUGAGCUCUCUCACUCUCACUAAUUGUUUUUGCCCAAAUAUGAGACUAUUUAUGCCCUUU